AUGGUGGCCCCACACCGUUAUCUGGGUGUGUCGCUCGUCGUCUUUUUUCUUUGCCGCUUACUUUAUGGUGCUAUUCCUAGAUCAAAACUCUUUGUCAUUGGCCCGCUUGCUAAUGUUAAAAGUCAACCCGAACAACUGCAUGCCCUCAAUAGAGUGCACAUUGAAGCUGCAAAAAUGAUCAUGGAUGUGUUAAAGAAUAGGAAGCCUAACGAAGCAGCUUAUUACGCAGAUUAUGUAUCUGUGCUCAUGAAUGAGCCGUACGGGGGGAUUCGCAACAUGCACCGCUGUACCAAUAACUUGAUGACAUUUGCAGCCGAUCUGUAUUUUGAUCUUUGGUACAACCAAAGUCGUAUCAGUGAAAUCAACCUUGUCGCUUGCGAAAGUGGGGCAUAUCUGGCCAUAAAGCUGAUGCAAUUCAUCGAUCUAUAUGGAGACUCCUUUGUUCGUUCUGUGUCCAGCUUCAACAUUGUUUGGACCUGGUUCGAAAAUCUCAAAAAUAUGCCACUUUUAUGUUGCUUAUAUUUGAUUUAUGCAAGUGUGGUCAUCCUGAUCGAUCCUUCACUCACUGCUCCUCGUCGCAUGGCAAAAUGGCUUGGCUAUCGGUCAGCGAUGUAUGAUGAGCGGAAGCUGGUGGCUCCCAAAGGAGACUCAAGAUUAUGCCUGGUUUUGCGCACAGGGUUUGUCACAGCAACUCAUUUUGAUCUAGAAGUUGAAGGAGCAGAAAAUUUCAGUGAUGAUGGGGUGACAGCUGUGGUGGAGCGUUUUAAGAACUUCAUUAAUAGAUAG